CCCACACAGCUGCUGCGCUCCUUCAGGGAGUUGCCAAGUGUGGUCCAAUCUUUCACAACUUCAGAAUGUCUGAUUUAGAGCAUGACAAGUGCACGAAAUAUGUACACAAUGUCAGUUUCAUGGAGUUAUUUUGUACACAUAAUUCAUAUAACAUAUGGGCUGGAGAAGAUUAUGCAGAGACGCUAAUUGAACCAGAAAUCUUAGAUAGGUAGAUAGAUGUGCCAUCUACUAAUACAAGAGUACAGCCCACAUAUGUUGUAAGUUAGGGUAAGUAUUUACAAGACCAAAUUGUAUCCAUUUACGAUAUUUAGGAUAUUGAUGUUGAAGGAAGAACAGUUACGAUACCACUUGGUACUUGUAACACAACAAGCUUUAGAGAAGUGUUUUUAUGGACUGUUUGAACGUGGCGCACAAUCAAACAAACAAUCUAGUUCCUCUUCACCUUGGUGUUUGAGGACCACAUAUGAAAUGGUUUUGUUGCUCUUUACUGCCCUGUUUGCUGCUUAAGUAUGGGCAUCAACUUUAACCAAACAUUUCUCAUUGUUGCUGCCCAGGCUACAAGAGAGCGCCUUUGUUUUUGGUGAGAAUGAGGAGGAGACCGAAGUGCCCGGUGCCAUGGGCCGAUGAAUGCUGUUACAGGAGGGGUUGAGUCCACUGGGAAAUCUGAAGGUUUAUACUUCCUGUGCCAUAUUCACACCAUGCCUGAGGGGGCGGGCCGGGACAAUCAGAAGAAGCCGAGUAACCAAGCUGCUAAGCGGCCUUCCUCUGUCUCCUCUCUGAGUGGGAUCGUGAGCCGGAUGGCCUCCUCUGGUGGCACCUCUCGUGGGAGCUGCACCUCCGUCAACACUGUUUGUUCUGACAGCGACCGGGGAGCGAGUCUCAGCUCCUCCACCUCCUCCGCCUCACUGCAAGAUGGCCACUCGUCCUCCUCCUCAUCUUCGCUGCCCAGUGGAGCUGUUCCAGCCUACCCUUCACUACCCCAGCGCAAUGGCUCUGACAUCAGCCUGGACCUCACGCCAUUGUCAGGCCCAGCCUCCACCUCUUCCACAGCCCUGCCGAAACUUUCACGCCUGCAGCGGGUGUUGCUGGAGAUCGUUGAGACAGAGCAGGCCUAUGUGAGGGAUCUAAAAAGCAUAGUUGAGGACUAUCUGGGGUGCAUCAUUGACUGUGGAGACCUGCCUCUUAAACCAGAGGAGGUCAGCACACUGUUCUGCAACAUCGAAGACAUCUAUGAGUUCAACAGUGAGCUUUUGGAAGAUCUGGAGAGAAGCCCUCAUGCAGCAGCUAUAGCCGAAUGCUUUGUUGAGAGGAGUGAAGCCUUUGACAUUUACACCAUUUACUGCAUGAACUAUCCCAACUCAGUGGCCGUCCUCAGGGAAUGCAUGAAGAACGAAAGCCUGGUGCGCUUCUUCCAGGAGAGGCAGGCAACUCUCUGCCACUCACUGCCACUAGAGACCUACCUGCUAAAACCUGUACAGAGGAUCUUGAAGUACCACCUAUUGCUGCAGGAGCUGUCCAAGCACUUUGACAAGAGUGAUUCAGGAUAUGAGAUGGUGGAAGACGCCAUCAUCACCAUGACAGCUGUGGCCUGGUACAUUAACGACAUGAAGCGGAAACAGGAACAUGCAGUACGACUCCAGGAGAUUGAGAGUCUGUUGCGAAACUGGACUGGUCCUGAUCUCAGCGGCUUUGGAGAGCUGGUUCUGGAAGGUUCCUUCCGGGUUCAGAGGGUUAAAAAAGAGAGGGCCUUCUUCCUCUUUGAUAAAAUGCUGCUUAUUGCAAAAAAGAGGAUGGAACAUUUCAUCUACAGCACACACAUUUUUUGUUGUAACUUGCUCUUGGUGGAGAACAUGAAGGAUCCUCUCUGUUUCAAGGUGUCAGAUCAGACAAUCCCAAAACAACAGCACAUUGUUCAGGCUAAAAACCAGGAGGAAAAACGAUUGUGGCUGCACUACCUCAAGAGGCUAAUAGUGGAAAACCAUCCUGCAUCUCUCCCCCAGAAGGCAAGGCAGGUCCUUGGCGAUACUUUCUGUCCAUCACCUCAGUUUGAACAAGAGCCAAACCGAAAGCCUGUCCCUUCUCCUCGAUUAGAUGACGCCCAUGGCUUUCACAGAGGAAGAAGACAAUCAGAACCCCCAGAAUUUAUCUACACCCCUGAGAAGGCCAGGAAAAACCUUCCAUUGCUACUGGAAGGGAACCUGCCAUAUCGCAGAGGGCGCAGACAGUCAGCUCCUGCCAAAGACAUAGAAGCAGCAUUUCAACAAAGUGCCCCUUUAAAGGCUGGUAGUGAAGGAUGA